AAACAAAAAUCAACUCACUAACAAUGAUUAUUCGGUGAGUUGGACUUUCAACUUGUGCACGCGUAAGAAAGUAAAGACGAAUAAAUUAAGUUAAACGAAGCACGCGAGUGUUCUUAUAUAGUCAUCUUAUUCUAAUUUAAUUUUAAAUAACCAUAUCGUACACCUCAUUUGUGCCAAUGAAAGCAAUAUUUUCAAAUAAUUAACCACGUUCUAUUGCAUUUAUAUUGUUCCUAUUAUUUCUAUGUAAAUGUAUUCGUUGUCAUAAACUUGUAUUAUUUUUACAAAUCUUACUAAUUGUUAUAAUUGUGCAAAACUGUUUUAUUAAAGUUGUAUUAACAAAUACUACGUAAUGCAAAAUUUGAGGUUAAUUGGAAAAUUCCGCAAUGUCUUUCAAACGUAUUACUCGACUGCUCGAAGCAUCGCCUCAAUUUCUUCCUUAUCUGAAACACAUCAGAUGCUAUACAAAACUUGCAGAGACUUUGCAGAAGGUGAACUGAAACCCAUUGCAGACAAAUUAGAUAAAGGACAUAUUUAUCCAAAAGAACAAAUUAAAAAAAUGGGCGAGCUUGGUCUCAUGAGCAUCGCAAUUCCUGAAAAUUUAGGUGGAACUGGUUUAGAUUAUUUGGCAUAUGCGAUUGCAAUGGAAGAAAUAUCUAGAGGCUGUGCUAGUACAGGAGUAAUAAUGAGUGUACAUAAUUCAUUGUAUCUGGGACCUAUAGAAAAGUUUGGUACUCCGGAACAAAAAGAAAAAUAUAUUAGAACAUUUUUAGAUGGGCAAAAAGUUGGUUGCUUCGCUCUGAGUGAACCUGGUAAUGGAUCAGAUGCAGGUGCUGCUUCUACCACUGCAGUAAAAAAUGGAAAUAAAUAUGUGAUCAAUGGAACUAAAUCUUGGAUAACAAAUGGAUAUGAAGCAGAAGCAGUUAUUUUAUUUGCUACCACAGAUAAAUCAAAAAAACAUAAAGGAAUAAGUAGCUUUAUAGUGGAUAAACCCAUAAAUGGUUUAUCUCUAGGUAAAAAAGAAAAUAAGUUAGGUAUAAGAGGUAGCAGUACUUGUUCUUUGAUAUUUGAAGAUUGCAAGAUACCAGAAGAAAAUAUUUUAGGAGAACCAGGAAUGGGUUUUAAAAUUGCAAUGAUGACAUUAGAUUCUGGAAGAAUAGGUAUUGCUUGUCAAGCUCUUGGAAUAGCCCAAGCAUCUCUCGAUUGUGCUAUAGAAUAUGCAGCAAAACGAGAAGCAUUUGGAAAUCCCAUAGCGAAAUUACAAACCAUUCAACAAAAAUUGGCAGAUAUGGCUUUAAAAUUGGAAAGCUCCAGAUUAUUAACAUGGAGAGCUGCAUAUCUUAAAGAUAUUGGUAAAUCUUAUACAAAGGAAGCUGCUAUGGCAAAACUAUCAGCAUCCGAAGCUGCUACUUUCUGUGCACAUCAGUGUAUACAAAUAUUGGGUGGUAUGGGUUAUGUCACCGAUAUGCCAGCAGAACGACAUUAUAGAGAUGCGCGUAUUACAGAAAUAUACGAAGGAACUUCCGAAAUACAAAAAUUGGUUAUAGCUGGAAAUCUUAUAAAAGAAUAUAAUUUCAGUUAAAUCGUGAUUUGUACGCACAAGCUAUAUAUUUUUAUAUAUUUUUUAUAUGGCAUACUUUUAUAUAUAAGAAAAGAAACACAAUAUAUGUUUCACAUACCAUAUCUUCUACUUUUAUUUACUUUCAACUAUGUAAAUAUUUGACACAAAUAUACAUGUAUAUAUGUAUGUGUACUAAUGCACAGCAUACAUUUACACACA